GUGACAGGGAAUUCCCAGAAGGGGAAAAGAAAGCUGAAAAAUGGCAGGAGAAAUGGCGAUGGAGAAGCGUCGGCGUCGCCACAUACCACCGGCGGUCGCCUCCUCCUCUUCGACCCCCGCCUCCUCCGGCCACACGCCGUCCCCUCCGCCGGACCUCCUCCCGGACAUCGCCCGUCGCCUCACCUCCCUGGAGGACUUCUUCUCCCUCCGCGCCUCCUGCCGCGACUACCGCGCGCUCCUCCCGGCGUCCCGCCCCCACCUCGCCUCCCAGGCCCCGCUCCUCCUCGUCUCCCUCUACCCCUCCUUCGCCGAGGCGCUCUUCCACCCCCGCCUCCGCUGCCUCCACCGCUUCCGCCUCCCCUGGGGCCACCACCUACCGCCCUCCCGCCUCACCCUCCUCUACGCCCACGGCUUCCUCGUCACCGCCACCACCGCGGCCGCCCAGUACCCCCCCAGGCUCCUCCUCCUCCACCUCUUCACCGGCGACCAGCAGCGCCUCCCCAGGGUCCCCACCCCCUUCUCCCGGGCCAUCCUCUCUGCCGACCUCCUCGUCGUGCUCUUCCUGCCCGGCAGGUCCACCGUCCAGCACUGCCGCCCCGGGGAUGCGCUCUGGCGUGUGGCCACCGCCGAUGCGCCCCACGUGUUCGACGAUUUGAUCUUCGUUGACGCCACCCUCUACGCCCUGGUUGGCCUCCGUCUUGCCACGCUGGAGCUGUCCGAAAGUUCGCUGGAGUUGUCAUUCCUUGGAGGAGAGCAUGAUGAGGAGAACCGGCCGGUGGGGGAGCGGUUCAUGCUCGGGGAGUGCGACGGCGAGGUGUUGCUCAUCAGCGAGGAACAGGCAGAGACGGUUGUGUACCGUGUUUUCCGGUGGGUGCCCGGGGAGGGAAAAUGGGUGAUGAUAACAAGCUUGGGUGGGCGAACAUUGUUUCUUGGGUUCCACGGAUUCGCGGCUUGCAUCGGCCCAGGUUUCCCUGGGAUUCGAGGUGAUUGCAUAUAUGCAGCUGGGCGACGCUUGGGCGAAUGGUACGAGUAUUCCUUGGUUAAUGGAACUUGUGAUGUCUGCUAUGCUGAAUAUGCGGGCGCACCACCCCUGAACAGCGAUUCACCUCUCAGACCUCCGGUUUGGGUCUUUCCCAGCUUGAUGCCAGCCUGAGAAAGGUUACCCAGAUUAUUGAAGAACAGUGAUGCUGACAUGAAGUAAGAAAAGGCCGUUGAUCCUAACCAGCUGCGUGCAAAUGGAUUGAUUGCUGCUGAAUGUGAUCCAUGUGUGGGGCUACUGAAGGUCAUCCGGAUGCUGAUAAACCUGGCCAUCUUCGAAGUUGUCGGUCUUUCCUUUGUGUUACCUUGUUUUUACCUUGCUGUUGACAUCUGGUGCUAUAGAGCAACAAACAGCAGAGUAUCAAAGAGAAGCAUGGUAACACAGCUGGACCUUCCCUGCAAAUUCCUGUGACAAUUCAUAUAUGUUGUUUAUGUUGUACGUCUCCUGUCAAAGUUUCUUAUGCUACGAGAACAUGUAUUUUUUUCUGGUUCUUGUGGGAAUUUCGAGCCGUUUCUGUCGAAAUUUCAACGGUCCAAACAGGGCUGCAUAAUGCAAAUGCAGUAUCUACACUAAUGUUGUACGUCCUUA